UGCUGUCGGGAGCGAGGCCUCAGUUUCAUUCCUUGGUCUCUGCCUUAUUCUCACCAGACGAAGAAGAGAAGGAACAACGGGCGGGCCAAGAAGGGCCGUGGGCACGUCCAGCCCAUCCGAUGCACCAACUGCGCCCGCUGUGUCCCCAAGGACAAAGCGAUCAAGAAGUUUGUCAUCAGGAACAUUGUCGAGGCCGCAGCAGUCAGAGACAUCUCUGAGGCCAGCGUCUUCGACUCCUACGUGCUGCCCAAGCUGUACGUGAAGCUCCAUUACUGCGUCAGCUGUGCCAUCCACAGCAAGGUGGUGAGGAACCGCUCCCGGGAGGCCCGCAAGGACCGGACCCCCCCGCCCAGGUUCAGACCCGCUGGUGCUGCCCCACGGCCUCCUCCCAAGCCUAUGUAAAGAGACGGCGGAAAAUGUGUCUAAAAGCAAUCUAAAUAAAGGAUUCCACCAUAA